CGCCGGGGCCUCCCCCCUGCCCGCCGGGCCCGGCCCGGCCGCCCCCCGCGCCCCGCCCGCGGCUCGCCGUCUAUGCCGAUCGGGCUCCGCGAUGACUCUCCAGCUGCCGAGGAGCCUGGGGCGGCUGCUUCUGCGCCUUUCCUUCUGGGUCCUCAUGGGCAGUUCGGUCCCCGCUCUGCUUCGGGCUGAAAUUAUGUCCCCUAUAGACAGAAAUAAAGAAAGUGGAUUUCAAAUGCCAAAGCUAUGCAAGUUUUGUGACAUCAAAGUAACAACAUGCUCAAAUCAACAUCAGUGCAGGAGCAACUGCAACAUCACUUCUAUCUGUGAGAAGCACAGUGAAGUCUGCGUGGCUAUCUGGAGACAGAAUGAUGAAAAUGUGACAUUAGAAACAAUAUGCCACGAUCCUCAGAAAACACUGUAUGGUCACAUAUUGGAUGACUCCAGCUCAGAGCAGUGUUUGAUGAGGGAAAAGAAAGAAGAUGGAGGACUGAUGUUCAUGUGUUCCUGUACAGGUGAUGAAUGCAACGAUAUGCUCAUUUUUCCAGCAGAUGACCCCCAUAAGCCAGAGGAGAAAGAUGAAAUCUCCAAAGUAACCAUCAUAAGUCUUGUCCCAUUGCUGGUGAUUUCCGUUGCUGUGAUUGUUAUCUUUUAUGCCUACCGCACUCAUAAGAAGAGGAAGCUCAACAAGGCAUGGGAGAAAAAUGUUAAGCCUAGGAAACAUAACGACUGCAGUGAUGUUUGUGCCAUUAUGUUGGAUGAUGACCGCUCAGACAUCAGCUCUACCUGUGCCAACAACAUCAACCACAACACAGAAUUGCUGCCCAUUGAGCUGGACAUUGUUGUCGGCAAAGGAAGGUUUGCUGAAGUGUAUAAAGCCAAACUGAAGCAAAACACAUCAGAGCAGUAUGAAACUGUGGCAGUCAAGAUCUUUCCCUAUGAAGAGUAUGCCUCGUGGAAAACUGAAAAAGACAUUUUUUCAGAUGUAAACCUCAAGCAUGAGAACAUCCUCCAAUUCUUGACAGCUGAGGAGCGCAAGACAGAUCUUGGUAAACAGUACUGGUUGAUCACUGCCUUUCAUGCCAGGGGAAACUUGCAGGAGUACCUCACGCGGCACAUUAUCAGCUGGGAGGACCUCUGGAAACUGGGUGGGUCGUUGGCCCGAGGGAUUGCCCAUCUUCACAGUGAUCACACCCCCUGUGGUCGCCCCAAAACGCCUAUCGUGCACAGAGACCUAAAGAGUUCCAACAUCCUGGUGAAAAAUGACUUAACCUGCUGCCUCUGUGACUUUGGGUUGUCCCUGAGGCUGGACCCUUCUCUCUCUGUGGAUGACUUGGCUAACAGUGGACAGGUUGGCACAGCAAGGUACAUGGCCCCUGAGGUUCUGGAGUCCAGGAUGAACCUGGAGAAUGUGGAGUCCUUCAAACAAACAGAUGUUUACUCCAUGGCUUUGGUCCUCUGGGAAAUGACAUCUCGCUGUAAUGCUGUUGGAGAAGUGAAAGAGUAUGAGCCCCCGUUCGGCUCCAAAGUGCGGGAACAUCCUUGCGUGGAAAGCAUGAAGGACAACGUCCUCAGGGACAGGGGGCGCCCGGAGAUCCCCAGCUCAUGGCUUAACCACCAGGGCAUCCAGAUGGUGUGUGAAACGCUGAUGGAGUGCUGGGACCACGACCCCGAGGCGCGGCUCACCGCGCAGUGCGUGGCAGAGCGCUUCAGCGAGCUCAGGCACCACGACAAGCUCUCUGGAAGGAGCUGCUCGGAAGAGAAGAUCCCCGAGGACAGCUCUGUGAGCACUGCCAAGUAGCCUGCAGCGGCGAGCUCCGACACAGAGGGAAGCAGCUCCUGGGUUCAUUCACCUUAGCCAAGGAAGAAGUCUUUAAUCGGUGCCUUGACUUGCUUCCUGGAGGACUGAGCCUCUCACUACUCCCUGUGUGCUCUGCCUCUGAACAGGGCGAUGUAUUCACGGGAGUUAAAUGCUGGGGAGUAGGUGUCAUACCCUAACACUGGCUGCCAGCAUCAUGUCAUAGGAGGAGCUAUGUAUGUUAGCACUUCCUCAGGAAAUGAGAUUUGAAAUAGCCAAUAACAUUAUGCACUUUAUUAAUACCUGUGUGUAACUAUGAAAUUGCUACUUUAAGUAUAUAUAUGUGUGUGUAUACACACACACACACACAUGUAUAUAAAGUGUGUGUGUGUGUAUACAUAUCUCUAAACAGCCAUGCUCUGAAAAAACGAGUUUAAAGGAAACAAAAGAAGUGCUUCCAGGAAAUGAGCAGUGCACUAGAGGUCCCUGCCCCUCGGGGAAGGAAGCCGAGCAAGCUGGCAUGGCACGACGCCAGCAGUGGUGCACUAAGCAUUCUGCCAAAAAAGACAGGAGCAAUGCAAUAAGAAGAUGGUCUCAGUGCCUGUGCUGUAACCACCUGGCUGCGGCUCUGCGGCUCACGGUUGCAGGAGCAGCAUCACCGCAGGCAGGCUGGUGUGGCUUUGUAGUUGCACCCGCACGGUGCCAUCUGCAGCAUGCUUUGGAAGGUUCAGGGAUGCCUUUUCCCUCUCACCUCAGUCCCACCGGCCUCACAGUCUCCCAGAAAGGGAAUGUGAGGAGGUUUGGUCCCUCCCACAUGAGUUUCUAUGCAGAGGUCAUUAAAAUGACAUGUUUAUUGCUUGGAAUUCGUGCUGCUUGCAGGCAGAUUGCAGAGUAUCAGCAGGAUGCAUUUGCCCCUCCUCCCAUCCCCACCCCCAAGCCCUACCAAACAAGACAGGAUCAGCAGUAAUCCGAGCAGAUGUUUUCUGUUUGCUGUGCAUUCUCAGUGCAGGCAGUACUAGGGCUCUUUUCCCUUCCUUUUACUUUGUGUUGUUGUAAGAACAAAGUUAUUUUUCCUUGUACAGUACAGCUAAUUGCUUAACACACCACAGUCUGACUCCGUUCCACACCUCUUAGAGAAGAGACAACGUCUGAUGCCUUUGGUUCUGCAGAAGGACCUUGGAGGCCAGGGAAAGCUCUGUAGCAUGAACUGGAGGGCAUAUCCUGCCCUCAGCACUGCUUGUGUAGGGCUGCCCUCUGCAAGUCAGCAACUGACAGCGAGAAAACCACAGCUCAAAAAGAGACUGUUGAUUCCCAAACAUUCCCUCAAAGUGAUGCUUGCAGUCUUUCAGUUCCCCAAGAUGUUAAAGAGAGUUCCCACACUGGGCCUACAGAAACUAUAGCAAUGUCUUUGGGAAGUGCCAAGACUUUGCAGUCAGUUGUCCACUUUUUUCUUCCCCGUGGCAGAUCAGCCAGCAUAAACCAGGCCUGUACAGAUGUGUCUGGCUCAGUGUGUGAAGUGCCUUGGUCUGUUAAUUGUCCCUGUUCCUCUGGAAGGCACUGCCAUCGAGCUCCACAGAGGUCAUGCACAUUCAGAUGUUUUCUUUGAGAGGAGUUUGUGUCUGCCUUUUUUCUUUUUCUUUCUUCUUCAUUUUAACCAAACUGCUCAGAAAUAUCUACAGAGAGUGGGGUAAAAGCUCAACAGUCACAGAAUCAUAGAAGCAUAGGAUCAGUCAGGGUUGGAAGGGACCACAAGGAGCAGCCAGUUCCAGCUCCUCUGAUAUGGGCAGGGACACCCUACCCACAGCCUCAUCCUGGCCUUAAACACCUCCUGCCAUGGGGCCUCAACCACCUCCCUGGGCAUCCCAUUCCAGCCUCUCACCACUCUCAUGCUGAAUAACUUCCUCCUCAUGUCCAGGCUGAAUCUCCCCACCUCCAGCUUUGCUCCAUUCCCCCCAGUCCUGUCACUUCCUGACAGCCUAAAAAGUCCCUCCCCAGAUUUUUUGUAGCCCCCUUCAGAUCCUGGAAGGCCACAAGAAGGUCACCUGGGAGCCUCCUCUGCUCCAGCCUGCACAGCCCCAACUCUUUCAGUCUGUGCUCACAGCAGAGCUGCUGCAGCCCUCUGAGCAUCCUCCUGGCCCUUCUCUGGACGUGCUCCAGCAUCUCCACAUCCUUCUCAUAAUGGGGGCUCCAGAGCUGGAUGCAAUGGAAUUCUAUGUCAGCUCAUAUAGGGGAUGUGUGUCUGUGGUUUCUGUAAAGCCAAGGGUGAUGGGCAGAGGUGUGGGACUGCAGAGCAGUGGUGAAACCUUCUCCUUGCCACUGCCUCCUUGGCUGAGGGAAUGUUGCAGCCUGUUUCUCUUCCUCCACCAACGCUGAAGGUCAAGGAAUCACACCUGGGAGUUCCUGACAAUACUGACAUUUGUAUCCUGUUUUCCUACUGCUACAUGUAAAGGAAAAGUUUUAUUCUUUUAAGGAACAUUUCACCUGUACAUCAUGUAUGAAAUAGGAAUGUGAACAAUAUAUACUCUUGUAUCCCAGCAAUUUCAGGCACUUAACUUGCUUUGUAAACAGUUUUGGGGGUUUGUCUUUGGGUUUGUUGGGGUUUUUUGGUUGGUUGGUUGGGUUUGGGGUUUUUUUGUCUGUUUUGUAUAAAUCAAAUGUUUAUUGGAGCAAAUAAAAUAACAUCAACUCGA